AUGACUGACUUCAGGAAUGAAGUAAUAGUUAGUAGUCGAAAUAAAAAGAAAAUUUCUCAACAACAAAAUAAUACACCUUGUUCCUAUAAGUCGUCGGGACGUUUUUUAGAAAUUGAUUCUACCGCAAGUAAGAUUUUUGAAGAGAUUGGCUUUCCAGCCGAAUGCCUUGCAACAGCAAAUAUCAUUCAAAUAAGAGCGUUUGAUUCUAAUGAUAGCAUCAUUGAUACGAGACUUCGUGAUUUUGGGAAGAAAUCACUGGAAACAGACGAAUCAUUACGAAACUUGUACAGUAAAGGUUCAUCCGUGCUCACGGAAAUUGAUGCUUCUCAAAAAUCCAAAUAUUGGUUUCAAAAUGUGGAAAGUUCAAAAACAAAAAUUGAGGAGUUUAGACGUAACGUGCAAUAUUUUGGGGAAAGGUUAAAUCAUUUCAUCAAAAAUAUUGAGGAAUUAAUGGAAGACCUACGUUUGAUAAGUAAAAAACCCGUAGAUGUUGGAAAGGAUUUAGAAAAUUUACAUAAAUCAGCACAUCAAAUGAAAAUAAUUUUAAGGUCUCAUGAUAAAUUGUUUGCCGACGGCAUUAUCGAAGAUGAUAAAUUUGUAAAACUUAUCAAAGAUUAUUAUUACGAGUUCAACAAGGAAGCACAACUCUAUAUAGAAUUUACGUGUAGCGUUUUGAGUGAUAUCUACAUUUCUGAUUCUGUUUAA